UUGUUUUGUUUACGUUUUCUUUCCAGGUUUGAUGGCUAUUUUAUUGUGCCUGAAAGAAAUAAAAUCAUCUAAGUACUACGGCAUAAAACCAUCUUAGUUUAAUACCUAACUUUCAAAACAAUUUCGAAGUAUAACGACACGUUACCUUCUUAUUUUUUUAAUGCUUUAUAAUGUGAAGGUUAUGUUUUGGUUUUGUACAUUGAAUGUUUAUUCAAUUAUUUUAACUGCAAGAAAAUGACUGCAUUUGAAAAUUUGACUACGAAUGAGAAAGUUCGGAUUGCAUUGCACAAGGAUGUGAACUCAAUUUGCAAGGAGUCUUGCCACUACCGCGGCUUUGAAAUAACAACUCAGGCUAUGGCAAUUGUAGCAGAACUUGUUUACAAGAAACUUACCGUUUACGGAUCAGAUUUGGAAGCUUUUGCCAAGCACGCGAAACGUACAACAAUAAAUUCAGAAGAUGUCAAACUGUUGGUACACAGAAAUCCGUCAUUGAAAGCUCAUUUGAACAAGCUUUGUAAGAGCAACCCUCCAGCUUCCAAGGAUGCAAAACGACGUAAGACAGUCGGUGGGAAAUCUGACGCUCCAGCCAAAGCCGCAGGAAAACUUGAAGUUACAGCGAAAAAGAAACCUGUUAAUUUUAUUUCGUCCGACGAUUCGGACGAUUGCAUCGAAAUUAAUAAGCAAAUGACUGAAGAAACCUAACUUGAAUGAACUUGUGAUAACUAGGUCUAAAAUAAAUAAGAAAGUGACCAAAC